AUGAGAAAACAUGUCGUUGUCGUCGUCGACUUAUGUACAUUAAUCAACGACAAAAGCAAUUCAUCGAAUACAGAAAAUGUAGGAUCCAUCAUUCAAGGUGGUAGUAGUAGUAGUAGUGGUACAUCACCGAUCGAUUUAAAUGAACCACCGAAAAAAGAAGAGGUUGAAAAUCCACCUCCACCUCCUUCGGUGUCGAAUGUCAAUCAAGGUUAUGCAGGAUUUAUAAGUUCGUUUUUCGGCGGUGGAAAUUAUUACAAACAGGAAUCGAAUCAACAAUCAUCUUCGAAGGCGGCGACACCGUCGUCUGUUCCCGAUUCCCGUACGACGACUCAUUCACCAUCUCCUGGUAAAAACGUCGUUCAAACUUUUUCACCGACUUUGCAAGUUCCGUUAUCGAACGUCGACGAGACCGUGAAAAGUGGUGAUUCCGUAUCGAAAUCCCCUGUCGGAUUCGUACAUUCGACGGGAUCACCUUUUCAACAGGCUGCGGGUUCUAAAUCCACGUUGUCACCCUCGACGAUUUCAAAUACCAGUUUGCAGAAUCCCCCUAGUCAAUUUGUCAAUUCGGCAAACUGGCGUCCUCCUCCGCCUACCCCUUCUCAAGUACCUAAUCCUUCUCGAAUGCCAAAUCCGAAUCAAUUGUCCAACACGCAAGAUGUAGUCAACACUCAAAACCAACACUUUUCCUACGGUUUCGAAUCGUUCAACGAUUCCAAGUUAAGACCUUCUAUAGGGUCUCUACCGAAAGCUCAAUCGUCAUUUGAUUUACCCGUACGAAAUUCCGCCGAAUCGGCCAUUUCGAAUCAUCCAUCGUCUUUUUUCAAUGCUCCUCAAACGCAAGGUGCGAAUAUUUCCGGGACUUAUUUCUACGAGGGACGUCCCAGCAGCGUCGACUCUCUCAAUUACAACGAACCCGCUUCCAUGGGAAACACGUACCCUCCGCCUCCUCCGCUUAUGAAUUCGAGUAAUGCAUCUGGUCCGCCCAUAUCGUCCAGUACGUCGUUCAAAAAUUAUCGUCGUGACCACCAUAAACGUCCGGCUUAUGCUCCGGUACCCGGACUCACAUCCAACACGAUCGUGUCUUCGUCAUACCUGAUGCCUUCAAAUAAUUUUUCAAAUUAUUCUCAUUCUUCUCUACCCUCACUCUCAUCCAAACACCAAUUAACAACGAGUUUAAGUCAACCGGCAAUUGAUUUGUCAAAGGAAAACGCGAGCGCAUCCAUCAGUUCAUCAUCGACUCCAGCUUCAUCUUUAAAUAAUUUUUUCGUUUUAAAUUACGCAUCGUCGAAUUCGAGCAAUUCGCAAAAUUUCAAUUCGCCGGAAACGCAACCGAAUUUAUCAGUUUCACCGAAUGUUUCAAACGAAUUCAUACCUCCAGACACGAGCAUGCGUAGCCAUCCGACGACAACAACAGUGAUGAGUACGAUCCCCUCAUCGAACUGUUCCCUGGCAUCUAAUGAUUUAAGUAGUUUUAAUGUCAAUUCUGUCGCCGUGCAUCCACCGAUAAUGUCAACAAAAGAACAAGCAUCAACAACUGCUUCUCCUCCUCCUCCUCCUCCUCCACAGUCGAAAACGACAUCACCUCAUCCCAAUAUUCCACCUUCUUUGAAUACCCUGGCAAAUCUUGGUCAUUCUGGAAUUAUUUAUAGGCCUGCAUACCAUCAUUGGUUUCUCAGAAUCGAGGGAAAAGAUGGAAAAGACAUUUGGCAACCUUUCAGCAUGACGGAUUCUCUUGCACUCGAGCAAGCGUUAAAUUCAGAUACGUUGAAUCCCGAGACGGUUGUACCAACGGACGGAGGACGUUACGACGUUAACAUAUCACAAAGAAUGAGGACUCCCGUGUACUGGGAUGAAAAACCCAAAAGAGUCAUGCGUUGUUCGUGGUUUUACAAGAACACGACCGAGAGCAGGUUGCAUCCCUACGACGAAAACACGGCUUACAUUCUCGAAGAGGAAUACAAGAAAGCCGUCAUGGCGAAUUCGUGGAACAAAAAAGUGGAUUUACCAAGCGGCGACUACAUUAUAAUGUACGGUCCGAGCAGCAUGGCUCUUUUUCAAGUUACACCCCAAACUCCCGAAGGAUGGGAAGCGGAAACCGAUUUUUCAGAAAAUACCUUGCACAGACCCAAGAUAGUCAAGAGAGGAGUUCUGGACGAUUUUGAAAUCGACGAUGGAGAACCGGCCAAAGUCGAUCAUUUGAUAUUUGUGGUUCACGGAAUCGGAUCCGUUUGCGAUUUGAAAUUUCGCACAAUAGAAGAAGCAGUCGACGAUUUCCGUAACAAAUCAUUACAAUUGAUGAAAUCACAUUUUAAAACGACUUCCGAACAGGGACUCGUCAACAGAAUUGAAAUAUUACCCGUUUCGUGGCACGGUCACCUUCACGGAGAAACAACAGGAGUGGAUAAAAGACUUCAAACGAUCACACUCAAAUCCAUUCCGCGUCUGAGACAUUUCACUAAUGACACGUUACUCGAUAUUUUGUUUUACACGAGUCCCGUGUACUGUCAAAACAUAAUGCAUCAAGUCGGACGAGAAAUAAAUACAUUGUUUAAUAAAUUCAAAACGAGGAAUCCGGAUUUCAAUGGCGGCGUUUCACUCGUCGGUCACAGUUUAGGUUCGUUAAUUUUAUUCGACAUGUUGUGUCAUCAGAAACCCGUGUCGCCACGUAUGGAAAACAUAACGGAAACGACAAAUCAGGAAAUCAUAAGUCAAGAUUUUCAAACGACCGUUUUGGCGGGAAAAAGCAAACCUAGUUUAAGUCGUAAAGUGAGUUACGUCAUUGGGAAUGCUGGAACUGGACAACCUUACAUUGAAUAUCCACAGCUUAGCUUUCAACCCUUGGCUUUUUUCGCACUGGGAUCCCCAAUCGGAAUGUUCGUGACAGUGAGAGGAAUCGAUUCGUUGGGUCUCGAUUUCACUUUACCGACGUGUUCGAGAUUUUUCAAUAUAUUUCAUCCGUUCGAUCCGGUCGCGUACAGGAUCGAAGCUUUAAUAAAUCCGGAACUUUCGGAGAAGAGACCCGUUUUGAUACCGCAUCACAAGGGGAGAAAACGAAUGCACUUGGAAUUGAAGGAAACAAUGGCGAGAGUCGGUGCGGAAUUGAAACAAAGGCUCAUUGAUUCGGUGAGAAGCACUUGGAACACGGUUUAUCAUUUGACCACGUUCGGGAGAGCCGACGACGGUUUGGAACAGGAAGUCGACAAAGUUAUUGAAAAACAAUUGGAGAGACAGCAAAACGAAACGGCAGCACAAUGUUUGAACGAUUGUUUCGACAGCGAAUGCAACGCGGGACGAUUGAAUCAGGGAAGACGAAUCGAUUACGUCCUACAGGAGGCUCCGUUGGAAAGUUUUAACGAAUACGUUUCCGCUUUGAUAAGUCACGUGAUUUACUGGGAUUCCGAAGAUACGAUGCUUUUAAUAUUAAAAGAAAUUUAUAGCAGCAUGGGAAUAUCACCGGAUAAUCAAAUAACCGUUGGAAUGACGGAACCAACGCCCGAAGAUGGAGCCCCGUCAACGUCGAUGAACAACAACAACAACAACGGCAACAGCAACAGCAACGGUAACGCGGAUGCUGCCACGAAAACAUCAUACGGAUUCACUUAA